AUGUGCGUUAAUCCACCGGCAAAUCCCAAGAUUGUACCAUUUUCGGCCAGGAGAUGGAAUACAUUCUUAAAAUAUGUUCCAAAAUGGAAAUCUUUAGAUGGAGAUCAAGCCGAAGUUGCGAAUAAGUUUAUUGAUAAACAUGCAGAAUUCAACAUCGAUAACGUCGUUGAUGCAAAUGCAAUUCCAAUUCCACUACAUAGUGGAUAUCAUCAGAUGUGUUACACACGGUUUACCGACUCGCAACGUGUUGGAAGAGUGAUAAAAAGCAUGCAAAAAUUAGCUACCAAAGGUAGGUUUAUUAAAGUUAUGUCUACUAUUAGACAUGACAAUGAGACAAGGUUUAAUGCAAUAGAGUGAAACGUUUUAUGAAUUUUGUCUUAUUUGUGAUUAAAGUUGUUUACAUUAGCACGAGUGACUUUAUUGAAAGGAUAGAAAUACACAUUGCUGUGACAAAGGCGAUAAGUUAAGACCAUUUCGCUUUGUCAAUGUUUAGCCCCAGAGGAGGGGGGCCGGGCGUACCCAGGGGAUUUGACUUGGUUUGCUUUCCGGUGGGUGGGGAUAAUAAGAAAUUUGACGUUUUCUUAUGACCCCAGGGUGGGGGAAUUUGACGUGGUCGCUCAAUUGCAAUUCAUAAUCUUUAUGAUAUAAAUCUAUUGUAGAGGUUUUACAAAGCACUGAACAUUGCAAAUUUACUUCCUGGAGAAGGGGCAUUUGACACAACAGAUUGUCCCCUGGGCAGGGAAAUUGAGACGAGAAUAAGGCAAAAUGUCAAAUUCCCUGGGUAUGCCCGCCCCCCUUCCCCUGGGGCUAAACAUUGACAAGUGCAUUAGGCCACUCGAAUUUAGACUUAAUACCAGUUUUUGAGAUUAUUCAAAUUUAUGGUGACUGUGAUUUGAAUUUUGAAACCCUUUGCUGCUAAUGAUAGAUUGAGCCAAUAAAUUUUAAUUUAAUUACCAUGUAUUUUGAGAGUCAUUAUCAGUAAUUAUUGUAUGAAUGCGGCGGAAAAUUUCCCGUGUUGACAUUGAGUUAUAUCAACACGGCUCUUAGCCAAUCAGCGUUCAGAAUUUACAAAUGCUAUAUUAUAACAGUAAUUAUUGCAUGAAUGGAAUACCAGCUUUUGUGAUCACCAGUUUAAUAAUACCAGCCAACCCUUCAAUCAUUGUUAUUGAUGUAUUGUUGUUAUUCAAAUUCAUGGUAAUUAUGAUUCGAAAUAGUAAAGAUUGAACCAAUCUAAUCUUAUUUUGGCAAAGUACUUUAAUCAUAUUUAUUUACCAUACAUGAAUUCAAAUAUUAAUUAUGGAUUGAUCUUUACAGGCAGUUUAUUUUACUAGCAGAUUAAUGUUCAAUUCACCAAAAAUUAAAAUUAUGUAUCCUUUAAUUCUUUAUGCAACAUGUAGCUUGACCAUUUAACGAUUAAAACUUUUAUAUUAUGCCACAUCCGGAGUUUUUUUUCUGUUGAAUUGCAGCAUCAUACACUGAUCCUCUAAACUGUGAACAGGUGCAAGAUGACAAUCUUAAACCAGAGAAGAUACGGGCGCUACGUUCCAGCAUUGACCGACCUACAGUGCAGUCUAGAUCACAGCAUGUGUUACCGAACAUAUGCGUUCUUUGUCAGAAAGAAAAGACGAUCACAUGCCGAAUCACUCGUAAAAGGAAAAAGGAACAUCUUGUGAAAUGUUCUACUAUAGAUGCCGUUAAUUUGAAGCAAGCAGCAGAGGACAACAAAAAUGAAACCCUGCUCAUGCAGAUCAAGGAUAAGGAUUGUGUGGCUAUUGAGGUAAGGUAUCACAAUUCUUGCUACAAAGAUUACACCCGCUACCUUACCAAACCACAAUCUGAUGAUACAAGCAAGAAUGAUACAUCAUAUUCAGUGGCAUUUGAAGUAUUUUGUGAGAAGGUGAAAUCCAGCAUCAUUGAAAACAAAGAUAUAAUGAGACUGAAAACACUCAAUGACAUGUUCAUCAAACAGGUUAAAUUAACACAUGGAAAAGAAGCAGAUUCCUACAAAACUGGCAAUCUGAAGACGCGUUUAAUGAAGAAAUUUCCUCAAUUGUGUUCCAUUACCCCACGCAUGAGAUCGCAAAGCGAAAUAGUAUAUGUUAAUGACAUUUCGACAGCUGCACUUGUAGAGGAGAAGGAAUUGCUUCAAGAUGCAAUGCAAAUCACUGCAGACAGAGAGGAAGAUUCGACGAAUGAAAUCGUCAAAGCCCCAACACCGUCCAAACAGAGUAAUAUCUUCGAUGCCCAAACAAACAAACUUAAAGACAGCUACAUGACAGCAUAUGAGUUAAGAAAUAUCAUAAAUGAUGUAAAACCAACCAUGCCCUGGCCUCCAACUUCAGAACACCUGAAUAAAAAAACAGCAGAAACAUUAGUUCCAUGCAGCCUCUACAACUUCAUCGCAUGGACAGUUGGAGCAUCAGAAGAGCCAGAUUUUGAGAAAUUUGUUCAAGUAACUCCAUCAACUCAUAAGAAACUUCUGUCUAUUUCACAAGACAUCAUUUCCCUUGCCUCAAAAGGACGGAAGUUGAUGCCAAAACACAUGUCACUAGCCAUGGCUAUUCGUCACCUCUCAGGAUCUGCACAGUUGAUCGGCUUGUUGAACGGUUUUGGCCAUUGUGUUUCACACUCUGUUACAUUGAACCAUGACACUGCACUAGCUAACCAGGAAGUCAGACGUGGGGUUGAUGCGCUUCCUUUGUCUAUACAGCCCAGGAUACCAACUAUCAUUGUUUGGGACAAUAACGACUUUGGUGAGGAAACCUUGUCGGGUCAUGGAACGACUCACAACACAAAUGGGAUAGUUAUUCAGCAUGGCAACACCACUGCAUCGACAACUGAUCCUCCAAAUGCAUCGACAACUGAUCCUCCAAAUGCAUCGACAACUGAUCUUCCAAAUGCAUCGACAACUGAUCCUCCAAAUGCAUCGACAACUGAUAUUCCAAAUGCAUCGACAACUGAUCCUCCAAAUGCAUCGACAACUGAUCCUCCAAAUGCAUCAACAACUGAUCCUCCAAAUACAUCGACAACUGAUGUCCUAGAGAAGAGAACACGGAAGAGGUCAAUGGAACCACCACUAGCAAAUCUUGCCACAUAUUAUGGGGGGAAAAACGAAGGUCCUGCACCAUUUGCAGCAGGGAUUUCAUUGGAGCAGUCAACAUAUGCACCGCUACUAAAGAAUCCUGAGAAGCUGGACCUAGCAUAUCAUGUCACAAAGUUCAACGUUGAUAGAUUUCUACCGUCAUGGACUGGUUACAAUCAGCUACUCGCUCAAGUUGAAGUGCCACCAAGAUCUGUCAUAGGGUAUUUGCCAGUGAUAGAUGGGAGUCCCACAGACAUGAGUACAGUAUUAACAAUACUACAGAAGAGCAUCCAAAUUGCUAAUAAGUUAGAACUAGAGGCAAUUGUCAUUGUAAUGGAUCAAGCCAUUUAUUCCAAAGCACAGCUGAUUAGGUGGAAAAAUGCGUAG